CUAUGCAGCAGAAAAAACAGUCAGUCAGUUUGUUUAUUACAGCACUAAUUACGAGAUACACGAAUGUUGACCCUGGUGACAUGAUGGAGAUAUUUCGGCCUGCUAGGGAAAAUACUCAGUAAACGUAGGUAUAUUGACAAAAUUUGUAGACGAGCUGAUCGCCAACCAGGAGAUCAGAAUGAUAUCAUCUGCUCCUGCCACUUUAAGGAUGGUAAGAAGGAGGGGGACCCUGCAUAUUUUGCAUGGAAUGAAGGAAAGGCCAUGGAUUUCUCUGAUCCUGAAUGUACAAAAAGGAGGAAAAAACUCAAAAGUGAGGAGUCCCUGUCAUCUUCACAGAUGGACCAGUUGCAGAUUCCACAAGCACCAAAAUGUCAGGAUCAAGAAAAAUUGAUAUCAGAGCACAACUACUCAGCAUCCUUCACAUUUAACUGUACUCAAGAGAUGCAGCACCUCUCAACAGAAAUACAACAACUGGAAAAGGAAUUGCUUGCCCUAAAAAUAGAGUCUAGUAAAAGGAAGCUAAUGUCAAUUCAUGAUAAUAAAGACAACAAAGAGAAGAUGCUUUUGUAUACAUCCCUACAGUAUGACAUAUUCGAAAUCUAA